AUGAAGACGGGAGGAAGGGGAAGAGAGGACAAUCAAGACGGGAAGGAGGAGAAGAGAGGACAAACAAGACGGGAAGGAGGAGAAAAGAGGACAAUCAAGACGGGAAGGAGGGGAAGAGAGGAGCACAAUGAAGACGGGAGGAAGGGGAAGAGAGGACAAUCAAGACGGGAAGGAGGAGAAGAGAGGACAAACAAGACGGGAAGGAGGAGAAAAGAGGACAAUCAAGACGGGAAGGAGGGGAAGAGAGGACAAACAAGACAGGAAGGAGGAGAAGAGAGGACAAUCAAGACGGGAAGGAGGAGAAGAGAGGACAAACAAGACGGGAAGGAGGAGAAGAGAGGACAAUCAAGAUGGGAAGGAGGGGAAGAGAGGAGCACAAUGAAGACGGGAGGAAGGGGAAGAGAGGACAAACAAGACGGAGGAAGGGGAAAAGAGGAGCACAAUGAAGACGGGAGGGGAUGA